UGGCUGCCACGCCAGAAAGAAAUUCCCCAUUCUCUCCUCGCGUCGCAAGCCCUAACCCUAGCCUGAUCACGCCACCGCCUUCACGUUCCCUCCCAUGGACGACGACGCCGGCGACGCCUCGCCGCCGCCGGAGGCGGCUGCGGCGGCGGGUGGAGCCGCUUCCCAGUCGCGGGACAUGGCAGCGUCGCCGACGAGCUCCCGGUCCGUGACGGAGACGGUGAACGGUUCCCACCGGUUCGUGAUCCAGGGCUACUCGCUCGCCAAGGGGAUGGGCGUCGGGAAGCACAUCGCCAGCGAGACCUUCUCCGUCGGCGGGUACCAGUGGGCGGUCUACUUCUACCCCGACGGGAAGAACCCCGAGGACAACUCCGCCUACGUCUCCGUCUUCAUCGCGCUCGCCUCCGAGGGCACCGACGUCCGCGCGCUCUUCGAGCUCACGCUGCUCGACCAGAGCGGCAAGGGCAAGCACAAGGUCCACUCCCACUUCGACCGCUCCCUCGAGUCCGGGCCAUACACCCUCAAGUACCGCGGCUCCAUGUGGGGUUACAAACGGUUCUUUCGGCGAACCGCUCUUGAGACGUCAGACUUUUUGAAAGAUGAUUGCUUGAAGAUAAAUUGCACUGUGGGUGUUGUGGUGUCAACUAUUGAUUACUCGAGACCACACUCUAUCCAGGUUCCAGACUCUGAUAUAGGCUAUCAUUUUGGUACGCUUUUGGACAAUCAUGAGGGGGUUGAUGUUAUUCUUAAUGUGGGAGGAGAGAGAUUUCAUGCCCAUAAAUUGGUGUUGGCUGCACGGUCUACUGUAUUUAGAUCAAAAUUUUUGGAUGAUGUAUUGGAUGGGGAGAAGAAUGAGGCUGGUGAGAGUGAUGAGCUACACGAGAUUAUUAUUGAUGAUAUGGAGCCUAAAGUUUUCAAGGCAAUGCUUCAUUUCAUUUACAGAGAUACCCUUGUUGAUGAUAACGAAUUGGAUGCGUCAAGCUCUGAGGGCUCUAUCUCUGAUACAUUAGCAGCGAAAUUGUUGGCUGCAGCAGACAUGUAUGACUUAGCAAGACUAAGAUUGUUAUGUGAAUCUUACUUGUGUAAAGGCAUUUCUGUGGCCACGGUUUCAAGUACUCUAGCAUUGGCUGAUCGUUACCAUGCUAUGGAGCUUAAAGCUGUUUGCCUAAAAUUUGCUGCAGAAAACCUUUCAGCUGUAAUCCGGACCGAAGGAUUUGAUUACCUCAAGGACAAUUGCCCAUCGCUUCAGUCCGAGAUACUGAGAACUCUUGCCGGGUGCGAAGAGGAGUGCAGCAGCGGUGGGAAGAGCCAGAGCGUGUGGGCGCAACUCUCGGAUGGUGGUGACACGAGUGGCCGUAGGGUUAGGCCAAGAAUCUAGAAACUACCGCAGAACACUAACCUGGUUAGCAAGCACCCGUGUAAAUGGCGAGGUUCUGUAUGGGACAAGACGAUUUGAUAGCUGUGACUUGGACUGUAUCUCAUCACGCCCAUCUUACAUCGUAAUUGCUGUGCUGUUUAUAAUUUUA